AUGUCGAAACCAAGAUACUUGACUGAUAGUGAAAGGGCUAAAAUUCUUGAAUUUCAAGACAUGAUCCAUUAUAGCCCGAGGUACAACGAUGAUACCCAUGAAUAUCGACAUGUAAUGUUACCCAAGAAUAUGCUUAAGGCCAUUCCCCAAGAUUAUUUCAACCCGGAAACUGGCACAUUAAGGAUAUUACUCGAAGAAGAAUGGAGAGGUUUGGGUAUUACUCAAUCGUUAGGGUGGGCUCAUUAUGAGACCCAUGCUCCUGAGCCACAUAUAUUACUCUUUAAGAGACCCAUCAAUUACCAGUAG